AAGAGUGGGACUGAAAAGGCUGUGCUCUGAAUCGCCGUACAGCUCACUCAGUUUAGUACUUGUUUGUUUCUUUUAUAGCUUACUGUGAUCUCAGCUGGAGAAACAGGUGGAAUAUCAUGGCAUCUCUCUGGGUCGGACCUCGAGGAACCAUAAAAGAUUAUCCAGGCUUUAGCCCAUCUGUGGAUGCUGACGCUAUUCGGAAAGCAAUCCGAGGAAUCGGAACUGAUGAGAAAACCCUCAUCAACAUUCUGACGGAGCGGUCAAACGCGCAGCGGCAGCGGAUUGUCACGGAGUAUCAAGCGACAUAUGACCAGAAGCUGAAAGAUGACUUGAAGGGUGACCUCUCUGGCCACUUUGAGCAUGUCAUGGUGGCUCUUGUGACUGCACCUGCCGUGUUUGAUGCAAAGCAACUGAAGAAAUCCAUGAAGGGCACAGGCACAGAUGAAGAUGCCCUGAUUGAAAUCUUAGCAACCAGGACAAGCCGGCAGAUGAAGGAGAUCUCACAGGCCUAUUACACGGCAUAUAAGAAGAGCCUCGGCGAUGACAUCAGCUCCGAAACGUCAGGAGACUUCCGGAAAGCUCUGCUGACUUUGGCAGAUGGUAGAAGAGAUGAAAGUCUAAAAGUGGAUGAACAUCUGGCCAAAAAAGAUGCCCAGGUCCUCUAUGAUGCCGGCGAGAACAAAUGGGGCACAGAUGAAGACAAGUUCACUGAGAUCCUGUGCCUGCGGAGCUUCCCUCAGCUGAAACUAACAUUUGAUGAGUACAGAAAUAUUAGCCAGAAGGACAUUGAGGACAGCAUUAAAGGAGAAUUAUCUGGGCAUUUUGAGGACCUGCUGCUGGCCAUAGUUCACUGCACGAGGAAUACGCCGGCCUUUUUGGCAGAAAGACUUCACCGCGCUUUGAAGGGUGCUGGGACUGAUGAAUUCACCCUGAACAGAAUAAUGGUUUCCAGAUCAGAGAUUGACCUUUUGGACAUCCGACAUGAGUUUAAGAAGCAUUAUGGCUACUCCUUAUACUCAGCAAUUCAAUCAGAUACUUCUGGAGAUUACAGAGCCGUGCUCUUGAAGAUCUGUGGAGAAGAUGAUUGAAGAAGAUGGUUUCCAAAGGCUGCCUGCCCUGACAGCGGACCUCCUCAACAGCUCUGCUUACUGCUUUCAUACCAGUGUCCCAAAGUGCAAGCAAAUGCAAGACAGCGACUGC